CCUUGCGUUUGCUCAGACCUUUCUCACCCCAGUGACUGGCACAUUCAGCAACAUCAACAACACAUGCAGCCUGUUGAAAAACACGGAUACUUACUGGUCUUCUUGGACUGAAGAAAACAGAUCUUGAGAGAAGCACCGCUAUUUGUUUGAGGUGUGUGAAAUCUCCUGUGCUGCUUUGUAAAUAUUAUUUUAGUGAACAUUUUUACUCAAAAUGGAUCUAACUGCCAGACAUGGGCUGGUGCUGCUCGACCAGCUGAGGAAGAUGAGGGAGGUUGAGCAUCUGACAGAUGUGCUGCUGGUCGCUGAGGGCAUCAGCUUCCCCUGUCACAGGGUCGUUCUUUCCGCCUUCAGUCCGUACUUCCGCGUUAUGUUCACAUGUGGCCUGCGAGAGUGCAGCAACAGAGAAAUAUUCCUGCGUGACACCCCUGCAGACAGCCUGGCCCUCCUCUUGAACUACAUGUACUGCUCAGAUCUUCCUCUCACUAAUGCCAAUGUACAGGGCAUCUCCAUCGCGGCAUUUCUGCUGCAGAUGGAUGACGUGUUCACUCGCUGUCAGCAGCACAUGACUGAGAACAUGGAUGCCUCCAACUGCCUUGGUGUGUAUUACUUUGCCCGUGACCUCGGUGCAGAGGAACUAGCUGACCACGCUCAGCGCUUCCUCAGGCAGCACUUUGUCCAAGUCUGCCACAAUGAGGAGAUCCUCGAGCUGGAGGCUCAUCAGUUGGGAAAACUACUGUCCUCUGAUGACCUGAACAUUUCACGAGAAGAAACCAUCUUGGACGUGGUUCUUCGUUGGGUCAAACACAGCACUCUGAUGGGUGGAGAAAUCCGUAGUCCACACCUUCCAGAGCUCCUGAGGAAGGUUCGUCUGCCACUCAUCAACCCUGAGUACUUAAGGGAGGCGAUGACAAGGAACACGGCCCUGCUGGCUGAUGCUGAAUGUCUGGAGAUGCUGAACGAAGCUCUGGAGGUCACAGCGAUGCAUCCCUCAGCUGCACCACGCAAACUAAAGCUGCGCUAUGGCAUGGAGACCACAGACCUGCUGCUCUGUGUUGGCAAUGACAGUGGCGGGAUCAGGUCAAGGUAUGGCAACUUUGCUGAACGCAGCUUUUGCUUUGCCCCGUCCACUGGCCGAACCUACUACAUCACCUCGCCUCGCUAUGGAGAGGCUCUGGGAUAUGUGUGUGCUGGAGUUGUGACUGAAAGAAAUGACAUUAUCGUGGCAGGAGAGGCGAGUGCACGAAGAAUGGCCCGCCAGAAAGACAUGAACGUUGAGAUCUACAGGUACAAAGUGGAGGCACAAGGAAGCUGGGAACGCCUGACUUCAGCAGAGUACCGUGAUUCUUACACUCUGGGAUCUCUGGGCGACACUCUGUACCUGAUGGGAGGGCAGAUGAAGCUGAAGAACCAGUUUCUCAUCACAAACUGAUGGUCUCUGCAGGGUGGACCUUGGAGGAGCGCAGCACCCCUGCCGAUGCCUUUGGCCUAUCACAGUAUGGUCAGAAUGAAAGAUCGCCUGUAUGUGAUGGGUGGUCGAACCCCACAGUCAUACCGGACGGAUGAUGAGCCGGACCGUCUUAGUAACCGCCUCCUCGAGUACGAUCCAAACACGAAUAAGUGGACAGAGCUGGGUCCCAUGAAGUACUCAAAGUACCGCUGCAGUGCUGUGGCACUCAAUGGGGAAAUUUAUGUUAUGGGAGGUAUUGGGUGUGAAGGUGUGGAUCGCGGCCAGUCACGUCACUGCCUCGAUGCUGUGGAGAUCUACAAUCCAGAUGGAGAUUAUUGGAGGGAAGGACCUCCUCUCCCGUGUUCCCAGCUUUCACUGCGAACCAACGCCACCAAUGCAGGAGUGGUGGGAGGAAAGAUUUAUGUUUGUGGAUAUUACAAAGGAGCAGAUCGUCAUGAUGACAUAACAAAGGACAUUUUGGAGCUGGAUCCAUGGGAGAACCGGUGGACGGUGGUGGCUCGGCGCGCUCUGAUGCAUGACAACUAUGAUGUCUGCUUAGUGGCAAAUCUCAACCCAAGGGGACUCACGUCCCCACCCGCAGACUUAGUCAAACAGUGACACCGCUGUCAAUCAGAUCAAAGUCUGUGUGUGAGAAUUAGUGAGGGAAAUUAAUCGUUAAUGCACUUAUUGCUGGGCCAAAGGCAUUCUUUUUUUCAAGCAGAAAAGGUCUUAGUGCUCUGCAUGAAAGAGAGUCUGUGGUUAUUGGCUGACUUGCACAUCAGUAGCCAGAAAAGUAAUUUGUAAAUACAGUGUUUUGUUGCUUCUUAUUUUAUUGUGUAAUAUCUGCAGAGAGGAUUACUAAAAAUCUGCAGCUGUGUCGCGCAUAUAUGGAGGAUUGUUAGCAACACCAGGCGAGGAUUUCCUUUCAAAAGCAUAAGUGAUGAUUGUAAUGGCAGACUUCUAGUGUUGAUGCAAAUUAUAUCAAAAUUGUAGUAUUUGGCCUGUUUUUAGGACAAAUACUUAAGCUUGUUUUUAAGCUGACAGUGGCAGAUUUAGUAGAUAUGUAACUGCAAUUAUUGCUGAUGCUUGAAAUUGCAGUUUACAUCAACGUCUUUUCAGGCUUGACCUUUGACCUUUUGGAUAUAAUGUCAUCACUAGAUCCUUUUAUCACACUAUUUGUGUGAAAUGUUGUCAUAAGUAGCCUAUGAGUUUUUGAGCUGUGGCUAAAAAUGCAUUUUUUGAGGUCACAGUGACCUUUGAGCUUCGAUUAUUAAAAUCUAAUCAGUUCAUUCUAAACUACAGGUGGACGUUUGUGUCAAAUUUGAGGAACGUCCCUCAGAGCAGUCAUUCUAUCAUUAUAUUCACAAGAAUGGGACAUGUGGACAACUGUAAAACAUAAUACCUCAGACCACAGCUGUCAUCAUGACGUAUAAAAAUGUUGCAUUUUAUACCAGAGAAAUUCAUGUCAUUAUUUAUGGUAUGCUUGCUUAAGCUGAAUAAAAAUAUGUCACUGUUUUUGCAAAUAAACAUGCACUUUAUCCAUA